AUGUCUGCAUCCGCGAACGAGCCUGUCCCGUUGGAAGGACGGAAGAAAAAGCACGACAGACGGAGUCGUUUCUUUACUGUUGCUAAAUACGUGACGAUUAUAAAUUGGUUGCCAAACUAUUCACGCAUGGACGCUAUUUCGGAUUUCGUGGCCGGGUUCUCGUUGGGAUUGACGCUUAUUCCUCAAAGUAUCGCGUACGCCGCUUUGGCAGGCUUGACGGCUCAGUACGGUCUCUAUUCAUGUUUGAUGGGAAACUUCCUCUAUAUAAUCUUUGGGACGAUUAAAGAAGUAUCCAUCGGUCCGUCUUCGUUAAUGUCGCUUCUCACUAUUGAAUACACAAGGAACAUGCCCGUGGAUUUCGUCGUGCUCUUCUGUUUCCUAGGCGGAUGCGUAGAAUUAUUAAUGGGUGUGCUGCGUUUAGGUUUUUUAGUAGAUUUUAUAUCGAUGCCCGUGACAUCAGGUUUCACUUCGGCAACUUCGAUUAUCAUAAUCAUUUCGCAGUUGCAAGGAUUGUUGGGAUUGAAGUUCAAAGCACAUAAUAUUGUUGACAAUGUGACAAAGAUAUGUGUAAACUUUGGAAAUGUGCGAACAGCAGAUUUUAUACUCGGGCUUAGCAGUAUAGCUCUUCUUUUACUAUGCAGACAAUUGAAAGACAUGGACUGUUGUUAUUCGAGGGUCGAUGCCCGAACGAAAAUGUAUUUAAAGAAGUUCUUCUGGUUCAUAUCAAUUUGUCGCAACGCUCUGGUGAUUCUGAUCGCCGCGACGAUAUCUUACAAUCUCGAGAAUGCAGGAUCCUCACCGUUUAUUCUUUCAGGAAAGGUACAGUCGGGACUUCCACGAUUUUCUCCACCCCCGUUUUCGUCUCAAGUGGGAAAUCAGACUUACACGUUUUGGGAUAUGUGCUCUCAUUAUAGUUCCGGGAUCAUCGUGGUACCUGUCGUAGCUGUGCUGGCGAACAUUGCCAUUGCCAAAGCGUUCGCUUGCGGCAGCAGCGUGAACGCGACGCAGGAAUUGUUAACGCUUGGACUGUGCAAUAUAUUCGGAAGCUUCGUUUCCUCGAUGCCAACCGCGGGUGCGUUCACCAGAAGCGCUGUAGUUUCCGCCAGUGGGGUGCGAACACCCAUGGCUGGCAUUUAUGUCGGGACAAUGACUUUAUUGGCACUGAGCUUCUUGACACCUUACUUUUAUUACAUUCCACGCACGACUCUCGCAGCGGUACUGAUAAGCGCGGUGGUGUUCCUAAUUGACUUAAAAAUCUUAAGACUUCUUUGGAAAGGAAGCAAAAAGGAUGCUAUGGCGGCGAUAGUUACGUUUUCCGUUUGCAUUACUUUCGGCGUCGAAAUAGGACUUUUAACCGGAGCUGCACUCAGCUUAAUUUACUUCCUUCGACCGCCUGCUAGGCCGAAGAUAGAAGUGAUGCAUUACAAGACACAAUUGGGACAUAAGUAUGUAAUAUUGAAGCCGGAUAGCAGCCUCCUUUAUCCUGCUGCUAAUUACUUUUGCAAUCAAUUGAUGAAGAUAAUCCGUAAGAACGAUGAAAGCAACGUUCCUUUCAUUGUUGACUGCGAAAGGAUACGAAACAUUGAUUACACUGCAAUGAAGGGGAUCGACUUGAUAGCAGCGAAUAUGAAUGCGGAAGAGAAAAGGUUAUGGUUCAUGAAUGUAUCUUUGAAGACUUUAAACAGUAUUAAAGCUUUUGCGAACGAGGAACAUUUUUACUUUAUCGACGAGGAGGGCAAAGUAUCUUCUAUCUUCCACGACGGUCGUUUGAUGAACACAGAUGCAACGGAAGAACAACGUUUAGGAAACGUGAUGGACCACAUAACUUUUACCUCCAUAAACGACGAUAAGAAUUUGACAAACGCUACUGAGGGUACUGAAAAAGUUGCGUUAAUAACAUCGCAGGAGAUGCAAAAAGACGAAAAACUACCAGAGGACUCGCAUUAAACUUAGUUGAAAUCUAGUCUAGAUGUAAUAUUUAAUACGUAAACCAAUUGUGCAUAUGAUAUGUAUAUACUUACUAAAACAAUGUAAAUCUGAAUGUAUAUACAUGUUACGAAAUAUAGUUGAAUAUCUUUUUUAUAAAAUGCUCAUUUACCACAGAGUUUUUUUA